ACAGAGAGAAACAUGGCGUCCUACUCGACCAAAGCGUUUCUCAUUUUAGGGCGAAUAAACAUCUCCCGAUCCCGUCUGCAAAAUGCUACAAACAGAGCUACAUACGUGUCAGUUCUGUCUAUGAACUCUCCUACUGGGAAUAGAGGUUUGCCAGAGAGACGUGGCCGAGGUCAGGUUGGAAGAAAGCCCAGGAGAGAAGUGGGUGUGCCACGGACAGAGAAAAUGCCUGUAGAUCAAGACUGGACUGCAGUGUACCCCUCUGCUGCUCCCUUCAGACCAAACGCUGUUCCGCUCCCUGUCAGGAUGGGAUAUCCUAUAAAGGGAGGAGUUGCCCCAGACAAAAAGGCGAACUUGGAACUUAUUAAGAUCCCCAAUUUUUUACAUUUGACGCCAGCCGCUAUCAAGAAACAUUGUGAAGCUCUUAAACCUUUUUGCACAGAGUGGCCCUUAGCGUUGGACACAGAUGCCAAAUGUGACGAACACUUUCCCAUUAAAGUUCAAACCACACACUUUGUAUCAGCUGGUCCUUCACUCAGAAACCCAUCAGCUCGCAUCGUGCACCUCAAAGUGAAACUGUCCAGCUUAAAUCUGGAUGAUCAUGCACGCAAGAAAAUGAUUAAACUUGUGGGUUCAAGAUACUGCAAAAAAACAGAUAUUCUCACUAUUACUACAGACAGCUGCCCAUUGCGAAAGCAGAAUUAUGACUAUGCCAUGUACCUCCUUACAGUCCUUUACCAUGAGUCUUGGAAAAUUGAGGGGUGGGAAGCAGAGAAGACUGUGGCUGACAUGGAAGAGUACAGCUGGGAGAACAGUCCAUCCCAAAGAAAUCUUCUGGACACUCUAACUCGCAUGAAGGUGGUGGAGGAGGAAGGAGGGGAGGAGGUGCGCCAACAGCUCCUGGGACAGGCUGAGGUGCAGGAGUAUAAGGACUCUGUGACCAGAUUAAAGAACGAAGGGGAGAAUGAAGAUACUCUGCUUCAGUAUAAAGAGGCCGUCAAGAAAGUACUCAAACUUUAAAUUUUAUGUGUUAUAGACAUUAUCUCUACAUGUGUGUAAUAAGCAUAAAUUGUGUAAUAAAUUCUAAAAU